AUGGGGAGAGGUAGGGUUCAGUUGAAGAGAAUAGAGAACAAGAUCAAUCGCCAGGUGACAUUUUCAAAAAGAAGAGGUGGGCUGUUGAAGAAAGCUCACGAGAUCUCAGUUUUGUGUGAUGCUGAAGUUGCUUUGAUCGUCUUCUCUCACAAAGGGAAGCUCUUCGAAUACUCUACUGAUUCUUGCAUGGAGAAGAUUCUUGAAAGAUAUGAAAGGUAUUCUUAUGCAGAGAGGCAACUCACAGCCACUGACCUUAAUUCACAGGAGAAUUGGACCCUUGAGUAUAACAGACUCAAGGCAAAGGUUGAGCUUUUACAGAGAAACCAUAGGCACUACAUGGGAGAAGAUAUAGAUUCACUGAGUAUGAAAGAGCUGCAAAACUUGGAGCAACAGCUUGACACUGCUCUUAAGCAUAUUCGGACAAGAAAAAACCAACUGAUGUAUGAAUCCAUCUCUGAGCUUCAGAAAAAGGAGAAGGCAAUACAAGAGCAAAAUAACAUGCUGGCAAAACAGAUUAAGGAGAAUGAGAAGGCAGUGGCACAGCAGGCACUGUGGGAGCAGCACAACCAUGGAACUAAUAUGUCACCCUUCCUUUUGCAACAGCCGCCACUCCCAUGUCUAAACAUUGGUGGGAAUUACCAGGAAGAAGCACCAGAAGCAGCGAGGAGGAACGAACUCGAUCUGACUCUGGAACCAAUAUACUCGUGCCACCUUGGAUGCUUCACCACAUGAAAUUGGUAAUGAUCAAAGGAAAAGAUACGUAGCUGUGGGUGGCUGGAUAUGAAGUUUUUGUUUGUUAAUAUAGACUUGGAAACGUUGGCUAAGUUAAUUAAUUAACAAAAAUUAUCAGAAAAAAGU